GCUUUCUAUCUCUAGGUCUGAGUAUCAACACCUCCUAUCUCUAGGUCUGGGUAUCAACACUUUUUAUCUCUAGGUCUGGGUAUCGACGCCUUCUAUCUCUAGGUCUGGGUAUCAACACCUUCUAUCUCUAGGUCUGGGUAUCAACACCUUCUAUCUCUAGGUCUGGGUAUCAACACCUUCUAUCUCUAGGUCUGAGUAUCGACGCCUUCCAUCUCUAGGUUUGGGUAUCAACGCCUUCUAUCUCUAGGUCUGAGUAUCAACACCUCCUAUCUCUAGGUCUGGGUAUCAACACUUUUUAUCUCUAGGUCUGAGUAUCAACACCUUCUAUCUCUAGGUCUGGGUAUCAACACCUUCUAUCUCUAGGUCUGGGUAUCAACACUUUCUAUCUCUAGGUCUGAGUAUCAACACUUUCUAUCUCUAGGUCUGUGUAUCUGCAUCUUUUAUCCCUUGACCGGUUUGACUUUCAUUCAACUCAAAGUACUUCCUGUUAAUCCAGGGUUGUCAAACAAACCUUCCCUUCUAUUAAUAUAUCUGAGAAUACUGAUGACAGCGGUGAACACUGCAUAUUUAGACGUCUGUGAAAUCAUCAGGAGCAGUGACAUUAUUGAAAAGAAAACAGUUAUGAAUACUUCUUGCUCUUGUUAAAUCUGUAUUUCUGGUUUCAAUAUUAAGAUUAAGUGUCCCAAGUUAUUAAGAACACACUGAAGUCAGGACUUCAUGGAGUCUCACACUGACUGAUGUUUAGACAAAAUACAAAAUGUGUGAGACAGGUUUUACUGCAGCAACAGUUAAAGGCGGUUAAAUUAAGGCUACAACUAAUGAUUCUCAGUACGGUUUGAUAAGUUUAUGGUUUGUUUGUUUUUUAUUGAUUCUGUAACCCUCUGAACCCUAAAACCCACCAGUGGUUUUAAAAGGCUUGUUUUCUUGGGGAAAAAGUAAUAAUAAUCACCAAAACAUUUCCAUUUCUCAAUAAAAAUCUGAGCUAGAACACAUAAUUUGUGACAAAAACAGUUUACACCAGAUUCUGUAAAAGGACUUUAAAAGUCAGUGCUCUGCAGCACAGCUUGAGUCUUUUUUUUUUUUUUUUACUAGUUUCAAGUCAUUUUGGACAGUUUUCAAUUGAAUCUGGACAUUUCUGGACAAGUUUCAGGUUAUUUUAGAUGAGUUUUGAGUCAUUGUGGAACAUUUUAGGUCAUUUUUUAAAUUUAAUGUUACUUUGGUAAAGUUUUAAAUUAUUUUGGACAACUUUAGACAGAGCAAAACCAAAGCUACUGGAUGAAUAAAUAAAGUCAGCAUGGAUGAGAAACAGAACAGAGGAGCACGUUGUUGAGAUCCAUCCAACCUCCUAGGGAUAAACAAAGUUUUCUGAAUUUGAAGCAUGAAGAAACAGGUUUACUGAGGCUGGGAAAUGUAAUCAGAUAAAUAUAUUUAGGGUAUUGAACUUUUUUUUUCAGAAUUGAUAACACUUGUGGAAAAACGUCUGUAUUGAUUGGUUCUUUGUUUUUUUUUGUCAAAUUUGACUUUCUUUUCCUUUCUGGUUCCUCAGAGCUGUAGGACUUCAGAUUAGAAAUCAGAGUGAAGCUGCUCAGGGUUCAGUUGAUGAAGCAGAAAAUACUGAACAAGUCUUGAAGAAAAAUGGAAAUGUUAGAAGUUAAUUUUAGUUUUGUUAAAGUGUGUUUUUGCUGCUUACGUUUUAGUUUUCUGUCUUGCUGAAACACUGUGUGAUCAAACAGCCACAUGUGAUGAUAUGGCGUCGCUACUGUUCUCAGGUACCGUUCUAAAGCCUCAGAUCCGGAUCCUGAACGCCACGGAGGACGGAGUUCCGCUGCUCUGCGAGGUCAGAGAUGCUUUUCCUGAGCCUUCCUUAGAAUGGCGGGACAGCGAUGGAAACGUCUCUUCUGCUACAGAGCCGCUGGUCUCUAAAGAAGGAAAAGGCUUCUCUGUUUCCCUCAUCGCCACCGUGACCAGAACCAGAACCAACCGGUUCCAGUGCGUGGCCACACAGCAGGAAGUCCAUCACAGGACGACCUCUGAGGUGGACGUGCCGGGGAAAAUGUUUGAAGAAUGUAAACCUCCAGAUCAAGUGGGUUUGCUAGCCGGUAUGUUCGUACUCGGGGUCUUCGUUGGAGUUUUUCUUAUUGUGGUCCUGUGGUUCAUUCGAAGGUGUAAGAGAGACCAACAUGACGGAGCAGCGCCGUCCAACAACAGUCAGACAAAUCCAGGAGCUCCCAACAGCCACGUCGUAGGAAUAAGAGAAGAAGAACAAUCUAUGAUGAUCAAUAUGGAUCAAGGUGCUGGAAGAUCAACAGGUUGAUGUAAAGACCUAUAAAGAGGAGCUAUAGUCCCCAACCCACUGCCAGUUACUCUUCUCCCCCGGUUUCCUGUCUCUAUGUUCUCAAUGAGCCAAAGUGUCCUUGAAAAACGCUUCAUGAACCCUCAGGCAGGUUGUUUCAUUGUGGUCCAUUUGCUGAUUAUAUCUACUGUACGAUGAGCUUCCUUUAUUGUCCAGUAGCAAUGACACACGGGUAUAUGAUGGUCAUGUCAUGAACUUUAGAAGCAAAUUCUCUUUAGAUUCAUGGCCUUCUUCAGUCCACAAGUGCAGCAUUAGUUACUGACUUCAUAACUCCAAAUCUGCUUGAAGCUAUUUUUAGAAGACUAAGCUAUCGCACUGGUUUCAUAGAUGCUACUUUUCCGACUCAGUGUUACGACGUUCUACAUCUGCACUUUUAUCAAUGUGACUUUUUAAAUGCACUGACAGGAUGACUGCAACAACAACAGAAGUCUCCUUUGAGUUCUGCUGACAGAACUUCUCUCGUUCAGGAUUUUAAUAAAUAAAACAAAUUGGAGCAAUAAAAUGUAACUCUGCAGCAGUGGAAGCAUCUCUGGACAAAUGUGAUUAUGACUGUUUAUUAUACAGUUUUUAGGAAUAAAUAAACCAAGUCACAAAAA